CCGCAAAAUAUAAAGGGGUCGAAUAUUAGAAUCUGAACCUUGUUUGACCCUUUUGUUUUGUGAGAGAAUCUGAACUCAACUCUCAGUAAUGAUGCAAUUCUCCACGUUUGGUUCCUCUGAUUUUGUGCUCAUCAAACCCACUCAUCAUCAAAACAGAUUAAUCAACUGCAGCAAGUUAUUAUUCUCCUCAACACAGCACAAGAACAAUAGCGUUGGUUUCAAUCUCUCAAAGCAUAAGGCCAAUCACAGAUCAAUUUUUGUAAGCAAAAGCAAGCAAGAAUCAUUUGAGUUUGAUGAGAGGAAAAGCCCAAAUGAGGUUAAAGAAGAGAUCAAACAAUGUUAUGAACUCAUAAACAGAUUGGGAAGAGGAAUUGUGUAUCUUGGUUCUUCUAGAAUGGGCUCCAGCCAUUCACAUUAUGUGCAAGCACAAGAAUUGGCCAAAGAGAUAGCAAAUCUUUUGGACAGUACUACAUGGUCAGGGGCUGGACCAGGACUAAUGGAUGCUGUUACUCAAGGUGCUCUGCUGGCAGGGAAACCGGUCGGUGGGUUCAAGAUCGGAAGAGAAGCCGGGGAAUGGACAGCAUCCAACUUUCAUCCAUACUUACCAUCAGAAAAUUACCUUACUUGCAGGUUUUUCUCUGCAAGGAAGCAUGGGCUAGUCGAUGCUGUAGUGAGGAACAACUCAUUCGAUAAAACUGCUGUGGUUGCCCUUCCAGGUGGGAUUGGUACUCUAGAUGAGUUGUUCGAGAUGCUGGCGUUAAUCCAACUAGAACGGAUCGGAUCAAAGCUUCCUGUUCCCUUCCUGUUGAUGAAUUAUGAUUCAUUUUAUUCAAAACUACUUGACUUUUUAGAUGUUUGUGAGGAUCGGGGAACUGUCUCUAAAGGAGAGGUUGCAUCAUUAUGGAAGGUUUGUAAUAGCAACUCAGAAGCUUUGGCUUACCUUGCCGAUUUCUACUGCAUUUCUUCUGGUGAUAUAAGUCAGAAGAAGGAAACUAAAUUACAAAGUACACAUGACUUACCCUCUUGAUAAGAGUUUAUGUUUUAACUUUCACUUUGAAUACUUAGUAAUUAUUUGCUUUCUUAACAAAGCUUGAGGUGUAGAUUAUUCUCCUAAAUUAUUGUAAUUUACACCAAGCCUUAUGGUUGACUUUUGACAUGUGUAGCAGUAGCAAGUGAUAAUUGCAUGAAAAAUUCAGGUUCUUCUA